ACGUAACCCGGCUGUUCUCCCUAGUCCCUCCAAUCCAGACAGAAGUAAGGAAGGGGGUGAAGUGGUAGUUGAUCUCUCCUUUCCUGUGGGGAGGAAGGAAGGGAAGCGAAACGAGGGAAAGACCCGGAUGCCGCCGCCGCUGCUGUGGGAGGAGGAGCGGGCCGGAGGAGGAAGGGGCUGUGUGUGCGGCAGCGGUUGCUGUUGCUAUCCGGGACAGGUUGAGGAGGCGACCCAGAGCUUCCCUUCCUGGCGGCGUGCGGCCGCCGUCCCCUCGGGUCGUUGCCGGCAAAAUGGAGGUGGUGGGGUUGACCGUGGUGGCAGCGCCGCCGUCGGGCGCGGUGUGAGUUGGUGGUGACAGUCACAGGGCUCGGCGCGUCGGUCUGUUUGUCUGAGGCGGCGGCGGCGGCGGCGAGGGGCGCUGAGGCGAGGCGAUGCUGUCGGUGUAUGGAAUGCUGCUGUCGGCUCUGCUGGGCUCCUGCCUCACGCUCCUGUUCCAGCUCCUGCUGCUGUAUCGCAACAAGCCCGAGCCCCGCCGGGGGCCGUCCCGGUCUCCCGCCUCCAGCGCUUUAUCCUCCAGGGUGUCUCCCGAUUCUAGCCUCAAGGAGUACUUCGUAGGCGCCGCUGGGUUCAGGCAAGAGGCGGCGACUCCUGCUAGCUUGUCUCCUAACCAGUCCCCUUCCCGCACCGAGCAAGGUUCCAAGGGGACGCUGCCCACCAUCCAGGAGCCCUCCCAGGUGGAGUCCACGGAGGAGACGCUCUACUGGCUCAAUGCCAUCUGCCUCUUCCUCUUCAGGGAGCUCAGGGACACUUCCCUGGUCAGGCACUGGGUCACCCGGAAAAUCAAGGUGGAGUUCGAAGAGCUGCUCCAGACCAAGGUGACGGGCAAGGUGCUGGAGGGGCUCAGCCUGCGGGAUGUCUCCUUUGGGGACGUGGUGCCCCUGUUCAAGAACAUCAAGCUCCUGAGGCCGGUGACCUGCACUGAGGAAGGCUGCCCUGAAGAGCUGGACUUUGAGGUUGAUCUCGAGUACAGUGGUGGCUUCCACUUGGCCAUUGAUGCCGACCUCGUCUUUGGCAAGUCGGCGUACCUCUUUGUCAAAAUUUCCAGAAUGGAGGGACGGGUGAGGCUGGUUUUUACCCGUUUACCCUUCACCCACUGGUCCUUCACUUUUGUUGACGAACCUCUGAUGGAUUUUGAAGUCAAGUCCCAGUUUGAAGGAAGGCCCUUGCCGCAGCUUGCUUCCAUCAUUGUCAAUCAAUUCAAGAAAGUCAUUAGGCGCAAGCAUACUUUACCCCACUAUAAAAUCAGGUUCAAGCCGUUUUUUCCAUUUCAAGUUGUGCCACGUGAAGAAUAUAGAGACUGGAAUCUCAAUAUAAAAGAUUUCUCACUCACAGAAGGCCGGCUGAAAGUUUCCCUAAUAGAAUGUUCAAGACUACUUAUAUUAGGUUCCUAUGAGAGGCAAAUAACCAUUCAUUGUACAUUUGAACUGAGCGACAAAGUUUGGGAAGAAAAACAAAGAACGUAUAUCAGGAUGGCUGAGCUAAUAAAAGGAAGUUCACCAAGUGUUGGAUUGACCCUCCGCCAAGUACAAAUUAAGGAUGGAGAAGCAGGUCACGUUGUUAUUGAAACUGUCAUACCAAAUUCAGCUGCUUCAGCUUCUGAUCUUCAGAGGGGAGAUAGACUUAUAGCUAUUGGAGGAGUUAAAAUUACAUCAACAGUUCAAGUGCUAAGGCUCAUCAGACAGGCUGGUGAGAAAGUUAUCAUAUAUUAUGAAAGGCCUGUUGGUCAGCAGAAUUUAUCAAUACACGAUGCUCUUAGUCUUACACAGUUUGAAGACUCACUAUUUCCAGAAGAGGAUAUGUCAUCAGCAGAGUCUGAUUUGAAAGAAUUAGAAUUAGAAUUUGAGGACUUGGCAAAUGACCUAAAAUCAAAUGAACCCAGAGAUGAAUCUUCAGCAACAAGUCCCAAACGUCCACCAGCAACUACCGGUAAAUCGCUUGGAACUAUAUCUCCAAUACUAAAUCGCAAGUUAAAUUUAGGUGGUCAGUCAGCUGCAAGAGCACUUUUCAAAGAAGCAGCCAGACAGGUAGUACUAAAAAAUUCUGAGAAUAUGGACACAGCACAGAAACAUCCACAAACUACAACUAAACCUCCUGUACCACCUAGACCACAGCUUAAAGCACAACUUAAUAAUGAAAUUCAAAAUAAACUUGAAACUGGCGACUUGUCUUCUGAGAAGCCAGAGAGGCCGCCGCCUCCUGCAAAUAAUGGAGACAAAAGUUCAGAAAAGGCAACAAAAAGUACUGAUACAGUAGAAGAACCUCCAGGAACUAGACUAGCUGCAUUAGCAAAGAACCUACAUGAGCAAAACAAACAAGUAAAGGAACCUGCAGAUAAUGCACAGAAUUCCCAGAAAUCCAAGGAAACUGCAGAAAGUCAAUAUUUGUGGGAAACGCCAGAAAUUCUUUAUCGCAACCGAUUAGGUAAAUGGGCAAGGACAAAGGCCUCUUCCUACAUAUUUGAAGUAGAAAAACAACAUCAGUACCUAAAUGUUGCCAUUUGGUGUAGAGACCCUUUCAAGUUAGGUGGACUUCUCUGUUUAGGAUACGAAAGCAUAAAACUUGAAGAAAUAGCAUUAGAUUGUAUAGCUACAGCUUCCAUGGAAUUUUUUCGAACAUUUAGAUUAUCUCCUGCCUCACCCAAAGCUGCAGUAACUAGAACUGCAUUGCGUACUUUGACUUCACACAAAGGUUUCAAUGAAAGUUUUUGUUAUGGUGAUAUUACUAUACAUUUUAAAUAUUUAAGAGAGGGUGAACCAGAAGACUCAAGUUUCUUGUUGGAAAAAGAAAGAGAAACCAUUCCAGAAGAAGCAUUUGCUCCUGUUGUUCCAAAAGAGGAUGCUUAUCUUGGACAAAUUGUUUACACUGGAAACAAGCAUAAUUUUCAAGACACUCAGUUUCAGAAUCCAACUUGGUGUGAUUACUGCAAAAAGAAAGUUUGGACAAAAGCAGCAUCACAGUGUGUAGUUUGUGCAUAUGUUUGCCACAAAAAGUGUCAAGAAAAAUGCCUGGCUGACACCCCAUUUUGUUUAGGGUCAUCAAGGCGGCUUGAGGGAGUCCUACGCUCCUUUAAAUUGGAAGGCCAGGAUCCUCAAUCCAUACCAUCCAUUCGUGUUGAUUCAGAAUUGAAAUCUGCAAACAAAACAGGUAUAACAAGACAUAUCAUCAAUACAAGCACUAGGUUAUUAAACCUUCGCCAAGUUCCUAAAGUUCGUGUUAGUGAGACUGAUGCAGUAGAGCCUUCACCAAAGCACACACCACAUACUUCAGAUAAUGAAGGGAGUGACACAGAAACUGGUGGUCCAAGUAGCCCUUCCAAGCGAGCAACUGGUGCAGGGAUAAAGCUAGCAAGGAGGGAAGGAGGACUAGAUGAUAGUGUCUUUAUUGCUGUUAAAGAAAUUGGCCGAGACCUCUAUAGGAGCUUGCCUACAGAGGAAAGAAUCCAGAAAUUGGAGGUUAUGUUAGAAAAACUGCAAAAUGAAAUAGACCAGGAACUGGAGAACAACAAUUCCCUAAUUAAAGAAGAAAAAGAAACAACAGAUGUUAGAAAGAAAGCACUAUUUUCUGCUGCAUUGGCUAAAUCAGGUGAGCGACUGCAAGCUCUCACACUCCUUAUGAUUCACUACAGAGCAGGCAUUGAAGAUAUAGAAGCUUUGGAAAAUACCAGUUUAGAUUCAGAAUCCCGAAAAUCAGAUAAAUAUGAAGAUGACAACUUAACAGAAGAAGAGGAGAACACUCUAAUAAUGGCACCGAUACUUGAAAGCCUAUUGCAAGAAGAACAACACACACUUGAUGUACCUGAAGACUCAGUAGACUGAUAUUUGCACAUUUGGCCAUAAGAAUGAUGAACUGGGGAAAGACUUUGCACUUCAUCAAAAACACAUUAGAGAAAUAAAAAUUUAAAUACUGGGUAUAUUAUACACAAGCUGCUUCUCUACAGGUUUUUUCCCUUUACCAGUGUGAAAGUUAAGGAUUUAUUUCCAAACGUAGUACCACAAUUUUUUUAAACUUUUUUUUUUUUGCUAUAAAAUAGGUGGUCCAAAUUGUGUGUUAAAACAAUUGGAGGAUAUAUACUGGGAGGUUAUUUUUAAUUUAUUUGAAUGUUUUCUGACAUUUCAUGCUGAUAUAGUGUACAUUUUUUGGUUAUUCUUUAACUUUUUGUCUUUUUUUAUUAUUAAGUAAAAAGCUCUGAAGUUUUGCUAUAUGCCUAAAUUAACAUUACCAUAACAGCCACUAAAGGACCAGCUUUUAAAGGCAAUGAUUGCAUCUAAUUUAGUUUUGACAUAUUCCUGAGGGUUUUGUUUGGAGUUUCUUUGUUUGGUUCUUUAGUUUGGAUUUUUAUUUUUUUGCGCCAAUCAUGCUUCAUGAAAGCCUGCACUGUGGCAGUUUUUUUCAAAAGUAAAACUGUUGUUACUGCAUAUCAAGAGAUUUGCUUUCCACUUUUCUCUUUCAAACAGAUUUUAAGAAGUUAAACUUGGAUUUAAAUACAUUAUCCUUCUUUGCGUUUAGUAGACGUUUAAACCGGGAGAGACUUCCAAAGCACAUCUAAUUCAAUAUUCUUGAAAUUGCCCUCUCUAGAUGUGGAUAUUUAUUUUUUCCUUAAAGCCCAUGGGCAUUACAUUUUGCCUCAACAUAACUUGUACCAAUGUUGCUUAACAGUUUAUUGGGAAUGUGCCAACAAAAGAUUUUCUUGUUAAUGUAAAAAUAGAUGAAGCCUUAUCACUUUACAGUGUAAUAAUACUUAAGAUACAUAUUGAAGAAUCCUGAAGUUAAGUUGUCCCUUUUUCUGUUUCCUUGAGCAUUAGUUUUGCCACAGAAUCUGUGACUUUGGAGUACUAAUGUGUAAAAGGAUAAUAUAUUAAACAGGAUUGCUAAAAUAAUCCACUUUCCAAAGGUUUGAUACCAUCAUGCACAGAAACUGCAAUUAGAUGUUCAAUAUUAUUAUACAGCAUGUAGUUCUUUUCACUGGAUCCUAAACCAAAUAGAAAUAAAGAAGAACUUUGCCAGCUCCUCUUCAAGAAGCUCCAGCUGAUCUGAGAUGAGAGGUUGGGCUUAUUCUGCUCAUAGAAGGGGCCUCCCCCAUUUAGUCUUUCCUCGGUUCACAGCCAUAUCCUGCCCCUCAGGAGCAGCUGGGGGAGGGAUCACACAGUGGGAUCACAGAGGGGUGUCACUAUGGGGGAGGAGGGGCAGAAAGGUUCCCUUAUACAAUGGGAUAUGUGUUAAGGCUUCAUCUUCCAUGUGUUUAGACACUGUAUUAUAUUUCUGAUCAUAGCAAAAAUGCUUGUUUCAAAAUAAGGAUAACUAGCAUAGUUAAAGCACUCUUAGUUUGACUGGCAAGCAACCAUUUAUAUUACUGUGUUGCAUCUGCUUUUCAGUUACUAGGUGAAAAAUAUCAUUUUUACCCAAACUGUUUCUAAUCUUAGAAAUAAUUUGUUCUUUAGGGGCUUUUUAACCUAGCUGAAUAGUUGAAAUCUGCUAAAAAGGUUCUACACCUUUUCUAAAAUUCUACUUCAUAAUCUAAGCUAAAGUUUAGCUUAGCUAAAUACUUCCCAAAAUGAAAGAGGGGGGAAUUUCAACACUAUGUUGAAUGAGUUUGGUCCUUCUGAAGUCUUCUGUUGCUUACGAGCAGAAAUGAUCUGGACUAAUUCUCUGUUAGUGUUUCGCUGGUAUCCAGGUACUGCCUUCAAACACUUGCUAAAGUGAGGAAGCAACUAUAGAAACAGAAAGCAGGAUCAGUCAUGACUAAGCAUCACUGAAAUAAAUGAAACAUGAUUAAGUCCCACUAAUUUCAAUAAGACUUCGUCAUGACUAACUUUGCUGCCCAAUGUAGGCAUUAGAUUUUCCAAUAUCACAUUUUUAUAGUUUUAUGAGUUAAUGAAAUGGGAAUGAAAAGUUGGGUACUACUAUUAUGAUGAUUGUAUAAUAUAAAUUAAAUGUAGUGCAAUAUUCUAAAUGUUGCGUGGGAAUGGCGGUAAAAAUGUAUGGUAGCGAUACGGAAAAAGACUUACAAAACAUAUUCUAGUAAACACUGAUCUUGAGGCAAGUUGUAUUAAUACAUUCCUAGUAUAUUCUUUGCUUCUGUGCUUUACUGUACAUAGCUGAAAAUGAAAAAUACCACUGAAAGCAAGAAUACCUUGAUGUAGUGGUAUGUAACUAUUUGACAGUUGCACAUAUUUAUGGAAAGUCUGCCUGAGAGGAUUGUCAGAUGGUUUUAUCAUGAGACAAGCUUUAAUAAAACAUGUUUAUAAAUUUUCA